AUGUUAUCCAGAGUAUCCAUAAGAUCAUUGCCACUCUAUACACGUUCAUUUGCAACAACUUCUAUAUUAAGACAAUCCGAGCUUACUACUGCUACAGAUUCAAGUGGUAAAGAAAUUGUUUCUGGUGCACCAAGAGAACUUGUGACAGAAAGAGUCGUCAGAAUCUACCAAGAAGCCAAACCUGCAACACAAUCUGGUCACCACAACGGUAGUCACUGGAAAUUGGACUGGGACGUUUUAGGCAAAGGAAAUAGAUGGGAGAACGAUUUAAUGGGUUACCAAGGAUCUGCCGAUUACAUGCAAGGUACCAUAAUGAAAUUUGACACCAAAGAAGCAGCUAUCAAAUUUGCUGAGAAUCAAGGAUGGGAUCACUAUGUGCAAGAACCUAAGAAAAGACAUUUCAGAAAGAAAGAUUAUUCAGCAAACUUCUUUCAUUCAGCUGGACCAUUGAAACAUAUAAGAACAAAAUAG